AAGUAGGGCAUUAGUCAUGCAUAUUUCCGUUGACUAAUUUGUUUGUAGUAUGACUAAUUCAAUCUGAGUAACAAUUGGUAAAGUGUUGGGCCUUUUAAACACGUGGUUAUGAGUUCGAUUUCUGACUCUGCAUACCAAAAAAAUUCAAUUGAGUGGAGAGUCAUCUUAUAUAUCCCAAUAUUCCCCGAUAAAAAUUAGUCUUCGCUAAUGAAGGUAAAAACUUGGUAUAAAUAUUUUAUUAGCAAAAAAAUAAUAAUCAGAGUAACUGGUCCAACCGUUCAUGUAGAUAAUACUACCUGUAAAUAUUAUUGGGUUAGCUUCUUUAGGAAGAAUAUGAUUGCAACUUUUUUUACAAAAAUAUUAAGAAGACUUUGAAAAAAUUAUCUAUUAUAUAUUAUUUUCUCCUAGUUAAUUGGCUACAAAAAGAAUAUUCACCUAUUAUAAGAUGAGGAGUUGAAAGAAAUCAUAGGAAUGUAAAAAAGUCAAUGACUCAUCAAUUUUAUGACACUCUCUAAGGUUGUUGGAAAUUUUUAGAAUGGGAAGGAAUUUUUUAUUGCAACUCAAUAUUUGUUUCAUUGUUAUGCACUUGUUAGCAUGUUCAAGAGUGCAAAGAGGGCACUGCUUAGUGCCACAAAGGUCCAUUAUAAGCAUUGGUGCUGUGCUUGAUUUGGUUUCAUUAAUGGGAAAACAUCAGAAAAUAGCAAUGGAAAUUGCAGUUGAAGAGUUUAACAACCAUUUGAGUUCUUCUAAACUGGAUUUGCAGGUAAAAGAUUCACAUGGAAAUUCUGCUCAAGUAAUUGCAAGUGUUAUGGAUUUCUCAAAGAUCAACCAAGUGCAAGCCAUCAUAGGAACUAUUACACACAAUGAAGCAACACUAGCAAGUGAAUUAAGUGACCCCAUAAACAACAUUCCUAUCAUGUCUCUAACUUCUUUUGCAAGUAAACCACAAUUAUCAUCUCCUAAAUUACCACAUUUCAUCCAAGUAGGAGAUGAUAUUAACCUUAACAUGCAAUGUAUUGCAUCAAUUGUAGGAAAAUUCAAAUGGAAAAAAGUGACAGUAAUAUAUGAGCUUAACAAUAAUGACUUUUCUUCUGAUCCAGGAAUACUACUUAGCCUCUCUUAUUCUCUUAAACUUAUUGGUUCUGAGAUUGAUAAUCACUUAGCUUUUCCUUCACUUUCAUCUCUUUCAAAUCCAAAAUCUACAAUUGAAAAUGAGCUUAAUAAGCUGAAAAAAGAGACUAAUAGAGUCUUCUUGAUUGUUCAUUCUUCUUUAGAGCUAGCCAACAUGCUUUUUGAGAAAGCAAAACAAAUAGGUUUGAUGGAAAAAGGUUCUGUUUGGAUUAUACCAAAUGAAGUUUCUGGUCUUCUUGAUUCAGUUAACUCUUCUGUUAUAUUCAACAUGCAAGGUGUUAUUGGAUUUAAAACACAUUUCAUGGAAAUGAAUGAGGGUUUAAGAAAAUUUAAAUUCAAAUUCCAAAGAAAAUUUGCAUUAGAUUAUCCUCAAGAAGAUAACAUAAUCCCAAGUAUCUUUGCAUUUCAAGCAUAUGAUGCAACUAAGGCUAUUUUUGAAGCUGCAAAUAAGUCAUCAUCACAUGGAAAAUUCAUUCUUGACAAAGAAUUCUCAAAGAAGGGACAAUUGCUGCAUUCACCAAUUUUCAACAUAAUUAAUGUGAUAGGGAAAAGUUAUAGAGAAAUGGCAUUUUGGUCACCAAAACUAGGUUUUUCGAAGAACAUUGUUAGCGAUAAUUAUGAUGAUGAUGAUGAUGAUUCUGAUGGAAUUUUCGACACGGUUUAUUGGCCAGGAGACAUGAAAUCCAUUCCUAAGGGUCAUAAUAAAGAGGAAAGGAAUUUGACAAUAGCUAUACCUUCCAAAGGUGCUUUUUCACAGUUUGUGAAUGUGGAAUAUGAUCAUAGCAAAAAUGUAACUUCCAUUAAUGGUUUUUCAAUCAAAGUCUUUGAAGCAGCUGUUAGACGUUUACCUUAUGUUUUGAAUUACAAUUUUUCUCCCUUUAGUGGCUCAUAUGAUGAAAUGGUUGAUCAAGUCUACAAUAAGACAUUGGAUGCUGCUGUUGGUGAUACAUCAAUAGUGGCAUAUAGAUAUCAUUUAGUGGACUUCUCACAACCUUAUGUUGAAUCUGGCCUUCAUAUGGUGGUUACUGAACAACCAGCAAAAUCAAAAACUUGGAAGUUUUUGGAUGCCUUUACUAAAGAGAUGUGGCUGAUGAUGAUAGUUAUGCAUGUUUUUGUGGGAUUUGUUAUUUGGAUGAUUGAAAGAGAAGUAAAUGAAUAUUUAAGGGGAUUUGGGUCCAUGCUAUGGUUUUUAGUCACCGUACUAUUUUAUGCACAUAGAGAACCAAUAAGAAGACCCUUAGCUAAAAUUGUGCUGACACCAUGGUUAUUUGCUAUUUUCAUUGUGACAAAUAGUUUCAUAGCAAGUUUAACAUCCAUAACUAUUUCACAAGUAAAGCCAUCUGUGUUAGAUAUCCAGACCCUUAAAGAAAGAAAUCAUACAAUUGCUUGUGAUGGGAAUUCCUUCAUUGUCAAGUAUUUGACUGAUGUACUAAAAUUCAAGCCAGAAAACAUUCGGAAAAUAAAUUCCAUGAGUGACUACCCUGCUGCCUUUGAGAACAAGGAAAUAGAAGCCGCCUUCUUUGUCGCGCCUCAUGCUAAAGUCUUUCUAGCAAAGUACUCAUGUAAGGGCUUCAUCAAAGCGAAGAACACUUUCAGGCUCGGUGGCUUCGGUUUUGUGGGUUUCUCUACUCUCAUUGUCCCUGAAUUUUUGACAUGUUUGGUAGAAGUGAAAUUGGGGUAUUUCCAAAGGGUUCGAGUCUUGCUGCAGAUAUAUCGGAGGCAUUGUUGAAUAUGAUAGAGAGUGGAGAAACAGAACAGCUAGAAAAAGAUAUGUUGAAUGAGAUAGAGAAUGAAAGCAAAUUUAACUGUUCUUCUUCAGAGAGUAAGGGAAAAAACAACACAUCGAUAGGCCUUUCGCCUUUUGUUGGUCUGUUUUUGAUCUGUUCUACUUUUGCUAGUCUUGCUUUGUCAUAUCACGUGAUUUGUUUGUUGGUGAAGAAUGUAGACACUUUGACAAGCUACCUAGUAUCGACACUAACACAGUUAUGGAGAAUAUGGAGAUGGACAACCAACUUUUUUGCUCGGUGCUGUUUGAAAAUCCGAUCGAUAAUUAUCAGAAGUUGCACAGAAACAAUGGCAGAAGAGAAUGUAACAAAUAGCCAGCAAAUGCCAGUUGUGAUUGAGCUUGUUGAUAGUGUAUUGGCUGCUCAUGCUUCAUGAACUAUUAUUCAUGUUUCAUGGUGCUGUAAAAAUUAGUCUAUUAUACUGCCAAAAAUUUGGAUAAUUACUUUUACUUAGAAUUAGACAGAUUUGGUUGAUGUUAUAUAAUGAUGUACAAAGAUAGAGAAGUUUUUGUAAACAGAUAAAUAACAUCCAUCAUAUAUACUAGUCACAUACAUGACACUAACACAUCGACUCCCGGUUAGAAUUGAACAUAAUCAGUGCCAGCAGUGUUGGUGGAUUUCCCAGAUACCAUAACUUUUGCAAAUUCAAAUUCACAACAAAUCAUAGAACAGUGCUUUCUCUGAUGCAACUAAAAUUCAACAAAACACACACCAAUCAAAACAAUGAAAAUAAAAGGUUGUUUCUUAACCGGACAUU